CCAAAGAGCGCACUGGAGGCGGAGGGGCAGCAACCACCAGCCCGCUCCCCGCCUCCCAGACAGAGCCUCCGACAGCAUGGGGGUGACAGCCACCAGCUACGGAAAGCCUGGGCAGUGAGCCCCUUCUAAGGCUAAUGUGGAGAGCCGUGGGCAUUAAAAGGUCCAAGAACUGGGACAAGGCCAGAUGACAAAUGGAGGAUAGCAGACAUGGAGGACAGGACUGGUGACCCUGGCAAGGGGGUGACGAGGGCAAAGGGUAUCAGUGCCUUUCCCUGCUGCAGCAAGGAUUCAGUGGACAUUGUGGAAAGAAAGAGUGACAACCAUCACCACCAGCAGCAGCAGCACCACACCCAUGAAGAAAAAGAGGAUGAAGAAACAGAGCUGGAAACAGAGUUACCAAGGACGGAGCCACCCAGAGUGGACCCAGACCCAGGCCCAGUACCACAGCUGGAGGACAUGGAGCCAGAGUUACCCUCUAAACCCACACCUGAGACUGAAGGGGACAGCUACACUGAGAGCCCGGAGCAGCAGAACUACAGGAUCGAUUCCCUCAAGCCCUAUGAAGAAGAGCUGACAAGCACAAACAACUUCAGGCCCUGGGGCUUCGAUGUGAACUCCACCAACAAGGAGGAAGAGGAGGAGCAGGUGGGCGGCCAGUUCCGCUCCAUCCCCGUGCAGACCUCCAAGCAUCUUUUCUGGUCAAACAAGCUCAUCCAGGCGUCUGAGCACAGCCUACAGAAAGCCUUAGAAAAACAUCCCAAGGGCCCCCAGGAAAAGAAGUCUAUCUCCAUCCCCCAGGUGUACACAGAAUGUACCCAGCUGCCAUCCAGCCCCCCGGCGUCUCACCCCGCCUCGCCCCCAGCCCUUGGCCUGGCAGAUCUGAUCAACUUCGCCUCAUCCCUGGCUGUAGCCUCCUCCAGCAACAUGGCCUUGCCUAACUUGGAGACCAUGGUCAAAGGAACAGCUGAGAAGUCCCAGAAUACCUCUUUAGACCUCUGCCAGCCUGUCCAGUCCAUCAAGUUUGCCCAGGCUACCCAGAUCACUCAGAUAUCCUCAGAGAAACAAGACCAGUGCUCCAAAGACAUAGCUCACAAAUCUUGGACUCGGGAAACCAGGAAUGUAGCUUGCUCUUACCUAGAUAUUAACCAGGCAGGGCUCAAGACAGCUACCAUCCAAGGGGAAGUGAAGUUAGUCCAGGCACCAGCGACAUCCCCUCAGCUUCAGGAAGCCAAAGAAGACUCAGUGCCGGGAACCAACAAAGGGAAUCCAUUAUUGCUGAAAAUCCAUUUUAAGCUGUCAUCCCCCUCAGUCCCAGAGAAAUGACUAGACAAAGCAUUAAAGCCUCCAGUGCUGGCUGGU